UUUUGGUAUUUUUCCUGACCGCUGUCACACUGCUGAUGACGUUUUUUCGCAUUGUAUUUUGAAGCAUAUUUUAAUGUGGAAAAAGUGAAACAUUUGCAACAUGCGAUCGUACACAGCACGCAAGUAACACGACGAGUCAACGAGUUGACAAUUUGUCCAAAAAGUCUGCCACACGUCAGCCACUGGAAGGGCCGAGGCCAGCGGAGAGCCACUAUCAAAAGGCAGCAGCGAAAGUUUCGUUGCUGUCGUUUCCGUUCAAGGGAGGAGUGGGGUGUCAAGAUAUAGGAGCGGUGAAAAGGGCAGUGAAGUGGUGUCGAAGGAGGAGCAAUCAAAACUUAACCGUUGGAGGCAGCCGCCCAAUAUGCUAAGCACCAACUCCACGAAGACCAAGGAAAUGUUCAUCGUGCGUGCUCUCGAAAAGAUCCUUGCCGACAAGGACAUACGGCGCUCCCACCACUCGCAGCUGAAAAAGUCCUGCGACUCGGCGCUAGAGCAGAUCAAGGCAGAGCUAAUUAGCGCUGGCCAGAUUGCCGAAGGCAAUGAACUGCCCUGUGCCGCCCUCCCGUUGCCCAAAAAUGAUGCGGCGAGCAUUAUUAAUGCGGAGACCUACUUCCUACCUUUUGAGCUGGCGUGUAAGAGCCGGUCGCCACGGAUUGUGGUAACUGCCCUGGACUGCCUGCAGAAGCUGAUCGCCUACGGCCACUUGACGGGCUCCAUUCAAGACUCUGCGAAUCCCGGCCACUUGCUCAUCGACCGCAUUGUAGUUACGAUAUACGGGUGCUUUAGUGGCCCCCAGACAGAUGAGGGCGUGCAGCUGCAAAUCAUAAAAGCUCUGCUGACGGUCGUCACUUCGCAGCACGUAGAGAUCCAUGAAUUCACGCUUCUGCAGGCGGUUCGCACCUGCUAUGACAUAUAUUUGUCCAGCAAGAACCUGGUCAACCAGACCACCGCCCGCGCCACCCUCACGCAGAUGUUGAAUGUGAUCUUUGCCCGGAUGGAGAAUCAGGUGUAUGAAAUGCCGCCACCGCCCAAUCCCAUAAAUGGAAGCAUUCACUCGGAAGACUGCAAUGGAAGUACGGGUGGUGGUAGUUCAGACGAGACAUCCGCCGAUCCUGACGAAGUCAUCGCCUCUGAACUACUGGCGGAGAUCAUAACAGCCGCCUACAACGAGGCUAUGAAGGACGUGGAGUCUGGUGGAGAAGGGGAGCCUGCGGCUAACGGAAAUGAAUCCUCACAUUCCGACCACGACAGUGUAGAGUUGCACAGCGAAAACGAUGCCGUGGUCACCGCCAAGUUUACCCACAUUCUCCAAAAGGACGCUUUUCUCGUGUUUCGAGCGCUGUGCAAGCUAUCGAUGAAGCCUUUGCCGGAAGGACAUCCAGACCCCAAGUCCCACGAGCUGCGCUCCAAGGUGCUAUCGCUUCACCUGUUGUUGCUAAUCCUGCAGAACGCUGGACCUGUUUUCCGAUCUAACGAGAUGUUCAUUAUGGCCAUCAAGCAGUAUCUGUGCGUGGCACUGUCCAACAACGGAGUGAGCCUGGUACCUGAAGUAUUCGAACUGUCGCUAUCGAUAUUCGUAGCUCUGUUGUCGAACUUCAAGGUGCAUCUAAAGCGCCAGAUCGAAGUAUUCUUCAAGGAAAUCUUUCUUAACAUUUUGGAAGCCAACUCCAGCAGUUUCGAGCAUAAGUGGAUGGUUAUCCAGGCGCUUACUCGCAUCUGCGCGGAUGCCCAGUCGGUGGUGGACAUCUACGUUAACUACGAUUGUGACUUCUCGGCGGCUAACCUGUUUGAGAGGCUUGUCAAUGAUCUCUCGAAGAUUGCACAAGGGCGUCAAGCCCUUGAACUGGGCGCCAAUCCCAUUCAGGAAAAGUCCAUGCGCAUUCGUGGCUUGGAGUGCCUCGUAUCCAUUUUAAAGUGUAUGGUCGAAUGGAGCAAGGAUCUUUACGUCAAUCCCAACAUGCCCGCUCCAGCCCUGCAAGUGCAAUCGCCCACAGCAACAGAUCACGAUCAGGCAGACACCACCAUCCAAACAACUCACAGCGGCUCCAGUCACAGCUUAAACUCUAAUCAGGAGCAAUUUCAGGACCUGCCGGAGGCUCUGGAGGAGCGAAAAAUGCGUAAAGAGGUCAUGGAAACGGGAAUCGAACUAUUCAACCGCAAGCCGCAAAAGGGUGUGCAGUUCCUGCAGGAAAAACAAUUGUUGGGCUCGACCUGUCAGGACAUCGCCCGGUGGCUGCACGAGGACGAACGGCUGGACAAGACCGUGAUAGGAAACUACCUGGGAGAGAACGACGAACAUUCCAAGGAGGUAAUGUGCGCUUACAUCGACGCCUUCGAUUUUCGCCAGUUAGAGGUGGUGGCCGCCCUAAGAAUCCUGCUUGAGGAGUUCCGGCUCCCGGGAGAGGCCCAAAAAAUCGAUCGUCUAAUGGAGAAGUUUGCCAGCAGGUAUUGCGAGUGCAAUCCCCAAAACCAACUAUUCCAGAGCGCCGACACAGUCUACGUGUUGGCCUUCAGCAUCAUCAUGUUGACCACGGACCUCCACUCGCCGCAGGUGAAGCACAAGAUGACCAAAGAGCAAUAUAUUAAGAUGAACCGCGGUAUCAGCGACAGCAAAGCGGACCUACCCGAGGAGUAUUUGUCCUCCAUCUACGACGAGAUCGCUGAGCACGAAAUUAAAAUGAAGAAUAAUUCCGGUAUGCUGCAGCAGCCGAAGCCCACAGGAAAGCAGGCAUUCAUCACGGAGAAACGUCGUAAGCUGCUGUGGAAUAUGGAGAUGGAGGUUAUUUCGCUGACGGCCACCAACCUGAUGCAGUCGGUCUCGCACGUGAAGUCCCCAUUCACCUCGGCCAAGCAUCUGGAGCACGUGCGCCCCAUGUUCAAGAUGGCCUGGACGCCUUUCCUUGCCGCCUUUUCGGUGGGACUGCAGGACUGCGACGACCCUGAGAUAGCAACGCUGUGCCUGGAUGGAAUACGCUGUGCUAUCCGCAUCGCUUGCAUUUUUCAUAUGUCCCUGGAACGAGAUGCUUACGUACAGGCCUUGGCCAGGUUCACGCUCCUUAACGCUAACUCCCCUAUAAACGAGAUGAAGGCCAAAAAUAUCGAUACAAUCAAAACUCUGAUCAUGGUCGCGCACACGGACGGUAACUACUUGGGCAGUAGUUGGCUGGACAUUGUUAAGUGCAUCAGCCAACUGGAGCUGGCCCAGCUUAUCGGCACGGGCGUGCGGCCGCAGUUUCUUUCUGGGGCGCAGACUACCCUGAAGGACUCGCUGAACCCCAGUGUGAAGGAACACAUCGGGGAGACGAGCAGCCAGAGUGUGGUGGUGGCCGUGGACCGCAUCUUCACGGGAUCGAUGCGACUGGAUGGAGAUGCCAUAGUGGACUUUGUGAAGGCCCUGUGUCAAGUUUCGGUGGAUGAACUGCAGCAGCAGCAACCGCGAAUGUUUUCGCUGCAGAAAAUCGUGGAGAUCAGUUACUACAAUAUGGAGCGUAUCCGUCUGCAGUGGUCGCGCAUAUGGCAGGUCCUCGGAGAACACUUCAACACAGUCGGCUGUAACAAUAACGAGGAGAUCGCGUUCUUUGCUCUGGACUCACUGCGUCAGCUUUCGAUGAAGUUCAUGGAGAAGGGCGAGUUCAGUAACUUUCGAUUUCAAAAGGACUUCCUGCGACCCUUCGAGCACAUUAUGAAGAAAAACGCUUCCCCGGCGAUUCGCGACAUGGUGGUUCGCUGCAUCGCCCAGAUGGUAAACUCGCAGGCUCACAACAUACGUUCCGGCUGGAAGAAUAUCUUCAGCAUCUUCCACCUGGCAGCGGGAGAUCACGAAGAGCCAAUUGUGGAGCUGGCCUUUCAGACCACGGGCAAGAUAAUCGGCGAUUUGUAUCAGCGACAGUUCGCCAUUAUGGUGGACUCUUUCCAGGAUGCUGUAAAGUGUCUCUCGGAGUUUGCUACCGCUCGUUUUCCGGACACCAGCAUGGAAUCUAUUCGCCUGGUUCGCACCUGCGCCCAGUGCGUCCACGAGGCUCCGCAGCUAUUUGCGGAGCACGCCGGAAUGGAGAACGACGCCUCGGUGGCCGAGGAGGAUCGGGUGUGGGUACGCGGCUGGUUCCCUAUGCUGUUCUCGCUCUCCUGUGUGGUCAACCGGUGCAAGCUAGACGUGCGAACUCGCGCCUUGACCGUGCUGUUCGAGAUUGUGAAGACCUAUGGGGAGAGUUUCAAGCCAAACUGGUGGAAGGACCUGUUCAAUGUGAUCUUCCGUAUCUUCGACAACAUGAAGCUACCUGAACACGUCACCGAGAAGUCCGAGUGGAUGACGACCACAUGCAACCAUGCUUUGUACGCCAUCAUCGACGUUUUCACGCAAUACUUUGACGUCCUGGGACACCUGUUGCUGGAGGAGCUCUUCGCGCAACUCCAUUGGUGUGUUCAGCAGAGCAACGAGCAGUUGGCUAGGUCUGGAACGAACUGUUUAGAAAACUUGGUUAUUUCGAAUGGCUUCAAGUUCAAUGAGUCCACAUGGGACAAGACAUGCCAAUGCAUUCUGGACAUCUUCAACGCCACGCUACCGCAGGAGCUGCUCAGCUGGCGGCCUAAGGCACAUUCCAGUAACAGCCAACCCCAGGAGCAUAAUCACUUUGAGGCCCUGCAUAUUCGGUGCGUGGUGCAGCUGGAGCUAAUCCAGACAGUGGACAACAUAGUGUUCUUUCCAGCCACGUCGCGCAAGGAAGACGCCGAGACACUGGCCCAGGCGGCAGCCGAUCUUACAGGUGGGAGGAAUGGUUCGCAGUCGCAGCUUCUCGACUGCCAGCGCGAGGAACAGGGCAUGUACGGCUAUCUACGCACACGGCAGCUACUGACCCUGGCCGAUUGCCUGAUGCAGUCGCACCGCUUUGCCAAACGCUUCAACGCUGACCAGGAGCAGCGCAGCCUGCUCUGGCGAGCCGGGUUCAAGGGGUCGGUGAAGCCCAAUCUGCUGAAACAGGAGACAUCCUCACUCGCCUGUGUCCUGCGCAUCUUUUUCAAGAUGUAUGGCGAUGAGAACCGACGCAGCGACUGGCCGGGUAUCGAGAAGGAGUUGGUGCAAGUGUGCAAGGAGGCGCUGGGCUACUACCUAAGCCUGCAGAGCGAGGCACACCGCGAUGCCUGGACGUCGCUCCUCCUGCUCAUCCUGACGCGUCUUCUUAAAAUGUCCGAUGCAAGGUUUGCCACCCAUGUGUCCAACUAUUAUAGCCUGCUCUGCGAAAUGAUGUGCUUUGACCUCAAGCCCGAAUUGCGAAGUGUCCUUAGGCGUGUCUUUAUGCGUAUCGGUCCAGUAUUUAAUAUUAUGAGCGCUAAAUAGUCAAGGAGGAGACAGAGCCACCUGGCUAGCUGACUCGGCCAUGUUAAUAGUUCGAUCGUCCCCAAUCUCCCCCCUCUUAAAUCAUUGUUCCAUGAGCACUCCUCGGUUCCCUCGGCUUUGUUGUUUUGUUGGCACUUAAUCUUACAAGCGAGUAUAUAUUUUUAUUAUAUUUAUAAACAAUACAUAGUCGAAAUGUAAUGUUUAUUAGGUUUAAAGGAGAAUGUUGUUGUUUUUAUCUAUAUACAUACAUAGCUAUGUAUAUGCUAUAUAAGGCUUUAAUGUGUGCGUGUGUAUAGUUUCCUUCAGUUACGAAUUUGGAUUUGUUUUCCCUGGUGUAACCACAUCGUCAUUAUUCCCUUUUACCGGUUAAUGAGUAGCCUAAAUACUGAUUAAACAAGCAUAUUUUGCAGCCUGUAUAUUGCUAGUGUUAAUUUAAAUCAAAAUAUACUUAUAUGAAUAUAUA